UUCUAAUUCUCACACCAUGGGUGAAGCAGUUGUGUUCCCUCUCUCCAAUGAUUUCCAUCAGCCAAACAACCUCGGAGCAGAAAACAUCGUCAACGACCAUGAUGGUUCUUGGUUCGAAGAAGUAAUCGAUGAUGACCUUAAGUGGUCUUUUGCUUUGAACAGCGUGCUUGACAAAGGGAUCAGUGAGUAUCAAGACAUAGUUCUUUUGGACACGAAGCGCUUCGGAAAGGCGUUGGUAAUUGAUGGGAAGAUGCAGAGUGCAGAAAGUGAUGAGUUCAUCUACCAUGAAUGCCUAAUCCAUCCUCCACUCUUAUGUCACCCCACCCCAAAAACAGUGUUCAUAAUGGGAGGUGGUGAAGGGUCAGCUGCUAGGGAAGCACUUAAGCACGAGUCAAUUGAAAAAGUUAUCAUGUGUGAUAUCGAUCAGGCAGUGGUCGCUUUCUGCCGUGAACAUCUAACGGCAAAUAAAGAAGCCUUCAUUAACAAAAAGCUUGAACUCAUCAUCAACGAUGCAAAGAUUGAACUAGAAGAGAGGAAGGAGAAAUUUGACAUAAUAGUUGGAGACUUGGCUGAUCCUGUUGAAGGAGGGCCUUGCUAUCAACUCUACACAAAGUCUUUUUAUCAGGAGAUCGUCAAACCUAAGCUUAAUCCCGAUGGAAUCUUUGUUACUCAGGCUGGACCUGCAGGGGUGUUCACUCAUCAAGAGGUGUUCACAUCUAUUUACAACACCAUCAAACAAGUCUUCAAAUAUGUGGUCGUGUACACGAGUCAUGUGCCUUCUUUUGCUGAUGAAUGGGGAUGGGUUAUGGCAUCCGACAAGCCAUUUUGUUUUGAUGGAGAGAAACUAGAUAAGAAAAUACGUGAAACAAUUAACGGGGAGUUGUUGUAUUUAGAUGGUGCUUCAUUCUGCUCUGCAACCGUUCCUAACAAGAUCGUUUCUUCCUCGUUGAAAAAUGAAACUCAUGUGUACACCGAGGACAAUGCAAGGUUCAUUCAUGGCCAAGGAGUUGGGAAGAAGUGCAGGGCGGACCUACUAAAGAGCUUGCGAGCGGAUCCCGUAUGUUCGCUUGCGAGCGGGGUCCCGUAUGUUCGCUUGCUCACUUGA